AUGGAGCAGCUCUGUGAGGAGCUGCUGGGGGAAGAACAACAAGUAAAAAGGGUCCCUCCUGGGACACCCUUCCCUUUCCCUCUGAUUUCCCCUCCAUCCCCUCCGUCCCCAGGCUCGCUGUGCCGGACCAAGCCCACGGACCUGGUGUUCAUCAUCGACAGCUCGCGCAGCGUGCGGCCGCACGAGUUCGAGAAGAUCAAGGUGUUCGUGUCGCGGGUGAUCGAGGCGCUGGACGUGGGUCCCAACGCCACCCGCGUGGGCAUCAUCAACUACGCCAGCGCCGUGCGCAGCGAGCUGGCCCUGCACAGCCCCCAGAGCAAGGCGGCCCUGCUGCAGGCCGUGCGCAGGAUCCAGCCCCUCUCCACCGGCACCAUGACCGGCCUGGCCAUCCAGUUCGCCCUCAGCCGCGUCUUCGGCGCCGCCGAGGGCGGCAGGGACGGCACGGCCAACUUCAAAAAGGUGGCCAUCGUGGUGACCGAUGGCCGGCCCCAGGACGGGGUGCAGGACGUGUCCGCCCGGGCCAGGGCCGCGGGCGUCGAGAUCUUCGCCAUCGGCGUGGGCAGGGUGGACAUGGGCACGCUGAGACAGAUGGCCAGCGAGCCCCUGGACGAGCACGUGGACUACGUGGAGAGCUACAGCGUCAUCGAGAAGCUGACACACAAGUUCCAGGAGGCUUUCUGUGGUGAGUCCCUGCCAGGAUUUCGGAUGUUUGCCGUGGGGGUCGGCAACGCCGUGGAGGAUGAGCUGAGGGAGAUCGCCUCAGAGCCGGUGGCCGAGCAUUAUUUCUACAGCGCCGACUUCAGGACCAUCAGCAGGAUCGGGAAGAAGCUGCAGAUGAAGAUCUGUGUUGAGGAAGAUCCGUGUGAGUGCAAAUCCAUCGUGAAGUUCCAGACCAAGGUGGAGGAGCUCAUCAGUUCCCUGCAGCAGAAACUGGAAGCUGUGGCCAAAAGGAUCGAAGCCCUGGAGAACAAGAUCAUCUAAAACCCCUCCCCAACAGAUUUUCACCUCCUUCCCAAAGCAACAGAACCAGAACUGCUCCACUUUCCAGGGAGGACAGCUCAGCCCCAGGGCUCUGGGCAGCUUUUAUUAAGGUCUAGGCUACCUGCAUUUGUUUAAAAGGAAGAAUUAUUACAGUAGAGUUUUUAUAAAGGGCAGAGCACAGGGUGUGACAGGCCAGGCUCAGGUUUGUGGCAUCCCAUAGAGUGCAUAUAUUCAAAAAAAAAAAAAAACAGAUUUUUUUUAUUUAAAGCUUAAUAUAUAUAGAGUGUGUUAAUUAAUGGGUACUUGAUGAUGAGUUCUGUGAAUCCUCUGCUGCAGCUUUUGUUCCUAUGCAUGAGAUAAUUUAAUUUAAAAGUCGGGGUGACUCGGUGUCACCCUCAGCUGCUGGGUGUGAGCUCCAAAGCUGAGCUGCUGUGGCUGUCAGUGACCAGGUGAGGUUUAGUCCCGACCCUGAGCCUGCUCUGCAGGUGGGCCAGGCUGCUCAGGCUGGGCUUAGGGACAGCAACGGGAAAAGCUUUCCCAGGGGAAUGCUGGCAGCGUCCCAGAGCCUGGGCUGAGCCUGCAGGGACCGUGUGUGUGCCAGCAGCCAGAU